AUGGAGGGAGAGAUGCAGCCCGCAGAUGGAGGGCCCUGCGCCCCGAAGAUGUGCCGACAACAACGGGGUCCGUACAGCACCCUGAAAACCUUCCAGAGCAAGCGGUCGGCGGGCAAGUCGCGCUUUGACAGGUCCACUGUGGUCGAGGUUCCUGUGUUUGGCGACGGACAUCACUUCACUUUUCAUCCCGAGCAGCCUCAUCCUUUCCAGCCGCACCAUCACCACCAGCAGCACCAGCGUCUGCAGCCGCUCCACCAAACCAGCGUCGCUAUCAGCAGCAGCCAGCAGCAUCACCCGACGCUUCAGCAGCAACAGCAUCGUUUCCCUUGUGAGAGCAGGCCCAGCAGCAGGGUCCCGACAUCCACCUCAGUGGCAGCGGGCAGCGUGGCGGCGGCAGCAUCUCUCGGUACCCAGCAGCGGCGCGCCAGCAGCACCGGAGCGGAGCCCAGAUUCUCUCCAGACUGCACCUACGGUAUCAGCUCAGAAAACCGUCUCAUCUUGGAUGCCUUUGCCCAGCAGUGUAGCCGAGUCCUCAGCCUCCUCAACAACGGCCGUCUCCUGGAGCCUUCCUCCUCUUCCUUCACCUCUAACAUCAAACUGGAAGACACUCAGGGGCUCCAUUGCUCCUCACUGGGGAAGUCCAAAUCUGAAGAAAGCUCUUCCACCACAGACCCAGAAGAGGAGGCUCAACAAAGCCAUUUGAACCAACAACAGACCUCUGCCGUUCUCCGUAUCUUCACGGACUCCCUACAGAACUAUCUCCUCUCAGGGCCUCAGCAGCAGCCGCAGCAGCAGCAGCAGCAACAUCUGGCUGCAGGUUUGGAGGAUGAGCAGUGUCCGUCGGCGGAGCCCGGUUCUGGUGUGUCUCCUCAAAGACACAACCUGGGAGGCUGGGGCUCACCGACUCCGUCCGAGUCUUACGGCCACCCGUCGUCCACGCUGCCUGAGGAGGAAGAGGAGGAGGAGAGCUGCUGUCCACGCUGCCUGGAGUUGGAGCAGGAGGUUUUGUCUUUGCAGCAGGAGAACGAGGAGCUCCGCAACAAGCUGGAGAACAUCCCAGUUCCCUGUCAAAAUGUUCUUGACUACUUCAAGACUGUUCUUGAGUUUCACAAUCAGCUGGUCCAGCCGAUGCCAGAGGAGCACCUCACAGAGGAAGAAGAACAGCAAACGGUCUUUGAGGGCAGUAAACAGCUCCUGGAGAACUAUCCUCUUUUCAUCACUAAUAAGCAGUGGGACGAAGCUGUGAACUCCUCCAAGAAAGAUGGCCGACGGCUGCUGCGCUACCUAAUACGCUACGUCUUCACCACAGACGAGCUGAAGUUCUCCUGUGGUUUGGGCAAAAGGAAGCGUUCAGUCCACUCAGGGGAGCCGGGCCUGGAGAGACGACCGCUCAACCCCGUCAAAGUCAGCUGCCUCAGAGAGUUCAUCCGGAUGCACUGUGCCUCAAACCCAGACUGGUGGAUGCCCUCAGAGGAGCAAAUCAACAAAGUGUUCAGCGACGCCGUAGGUCACGCUCGCCAGGGCCGGGCCGUCGGUACGUUCCUCAGCAGCAGCGGCAGCAGCACCAGCAGCCUCUAUAUGGACAGCUUUGACGGACAUCUGUCGCAGGACGAACUGUACUUAAAAGGGUGCCAGAACGGCCAGUCAGAUUGA